CGAGGCUAGCUGGCAACCCGAGUUACCUUACGGGUAUAGGAAACCAUGUCCGCCUAGAGACUCAGAACAGUGCUAGACUCCGUCGAGGCUCGAGGACAGUGUCUCCUCUCUUACAGUUUUGUCAGGAUGUCUCCGGCGAGUCCACCGCGGUGGGUGCAAUUGGUGAUGGUGGGCGUGGUGGUGAGCAUGGCGACUGCUGGGCCUGCGCCACCGAGUACGCCGCUCCGAGUUAAACGACAACUCCCAGGAAUAGGCGGGCUAUCUAUCGAAGAAUUGAAAUGUCGACUGGAAAAUUCAGCAGAUAUCAGUAACAACCGUUGUAGUGAAUUGAACAAUGAGAACACGGGGCCACCACCACCAAACUCGGAAUGUACCUGUACCAGAUACUGGAAGUGUCGUGACGACCAGCCAGACCCCUCACCAAACGUCAGACCAGUUAGUAUCACAGGCGGAUUGCUCAACAAAGUGGACCUGAAAUCGGGGAUUUCGAAUGUGUGCCAAGUUCCCGAAGACAUUUGCUGCAAAAACGUAGACCCCUCGGAAAACAUAAGCCCUGUAGAGAUCUUACCAUACGAGCCUAAGUGCGGCCGACACAAUCCCCAAGGCAGCAUCGGCGCCCUGUUCCAAGGGUUUACGGACAGACAAGCACAGUUUGGAGAAUACCCGUGGAUGGCGCUAAUCAGAAGAGCGGACAGACCGUUAGAGAGAGAUCGCUCGGGUUUUGUCGGUGGCGGCUCCCUUAUUAGUCGCACCGUGGUAAUGACUGCUACCCACACUCUUAAUGACUUACUGGCCAGUCAGUUAAUGGUACGCUUGGGCGAAUGGAACUUGGAAGACACCACCGAACCGGUUGCCUACCAAGAAAUCCCAGUCAGGCUAAAACUUAAUCAUCCCAACUACUCUGCCAUAAACGUUGAGUACGACGUGUCUUUGCUUAUACUUCAGUUUCCGGCAAUGUUGGGCCCUACAAUUGAUACGAUCUGCUUACCGACCCCUGGGCAAAAUUUCGACGGGCUACGAUGCCGAAGUUCAGGAUGGGGGAAGGAUUCAUUCGGUGCAGAAGGAAAAUUUAACCAGAUCAUGAAGAACAUCGACUUGCCGGUAGUAAGCCAUAAUGAUUGUCAGAAUGCCCUCCGUAAGACUAACCGUCUGGGCUCCGACUUCAAUCUUCACCAGUCGUUUAUGUGCGCUGGAGGAGAGCAGGAUAAAGACGCAUGCACGGGUGACGGUGGUUCGCCUCUUGUGUGCCCGUCACCGGAAGACCCCUCACGUUAUUACCAGGUUGGGAUAGUGGCAUGGGGCAUUGGAUGUGGAGUCCAAGGUUUACCUGGUGUGUAUGUCAACGUGCCGGAGGUCAUACCCUGGGUUAGUAGCGUGCUCCAAGCUAAUUUAAACUUCGACAUCCGCUCGGACCCAACCGCGGGAUAAUAGUGAAGUCACCGCUGGCCAAGCCUUAGAGAAAUGCACUGCAUAGCAACUGUUUAUGUGUAAGAGUAUAUUGUAUGCAUCCAAACAACAGGGGACAGCCAAAGACAGCAAGCAUGAGUGCCGGUUUAACUUUAUUCUGAAGAAAGCUUGUUUACGUUAAAUAGAUUUUCUUGCCACAUCCGCAGAGACAAUAUUUUGCACUAAUGUGUAUAUAUAUAUAUAUAUAUAUAUAU